AUGAAAACAAGGUCUUUUAAGAGGUACGCUAAAGUAAUCAAACGGGCUAUAGCGAUCUGUAUCACGGUAAGUUUUCAGAGCAGUCCUUGGCACUGAACCAAUUUCCUGCCCCACACACAUGAGGAGAGAGGCCCACUUCACACAUGAAGUCGCCUAUGGCACCUUGAGCCAAGAGAUGUUCUUUAUUAAAAGUGCAAGGUAUUAUGAAAUAGCUCCCUUAAAAAUAGUGCAUCGUUGUGGAUUGUUGCUGAUCAAGCAAUGGGUGCUUUUCCUUCCAUUUCGCUACUUUCCCCCUUUAGCUGAGACAUUUAUGAGAAUUAUUUAUUGGAAUUUAUUAGCGACACUUAGUACCAGAAUGCUUUCAGAAGGCAUUCCUGCCCCUGGGCAAGAGAUUUCAAACUAAAAAUCGGAACACGGAACAUGUCAUUUCAAAAAUGUGUGUUCACCAUUCUGUGUGUACAUUACUUCUGUUAUAAAAGAAGUAUGAAAUGAGAACUUGUGGGACAAUGACGGUCUCAGUGUUGUUUUCGCCACUUAAAAUAAUGUGCUUUUUGUGUGUGUUCUACAUUUAUGGUAAUAAUAAAAAGGGUAUAGUAACUAUCUUAGCCACAGCUAACACAGAUCUCGGUUCCCCCCUUAACUGCAAUCAGAAACUUUUAAUCAAAUCUUUGCAAAUAGAAAACCAGAGUUAGCAUUAUUUAGAGUGUAACUGUCUAACAGUAAUCAGAAACCAGCAGGGAGAGCACAGCCGGCCCAGAACACUCGGAUCACUGGCCUGAAUCUGGUCAUUCUCAAAUCAGAAGAAAUUCAAAGGUAGCCUCAAGUUGUAAUUAAAUGGUUUUGUACCAGUUGAUAAGUUCAAUUUUAUCACCUCUGGGUUGAAUUGUGCCAGUGGGUUUUUAUCCCUCUGCUAGCAGGUGACUCAAAUUAAAUCACAUCUUAUUUAAUUGAUAUGGUGAAUGACCAGCGCCAAGCAAACAAAAUAAGAAGCACAUAAAAUAAAUCAUCCAAAUGUGUACAAGACAAACAAAUUGAAUAAAAGAAGGUAAAUAAAAAAGACGGGGUGAAAUAAAAUGAGCAUCAACAACUUAAAAAAUGUAGUUGUGUCACGAACUCCAAAGAGGAAAACUACAAAGUGUCUGUGAUCAGUUCUCAUUGGGCUUUACUUGAUGACCAGAGUUAAUUACCGGUAACUUAACAAGCUAGGAUGUUUGUGAUAUCAUCAGUUACUAGCCUUGUGAAUAGUCAUAAUGCUCAUUUAUGCAUGCAUUUAAGAGUUUUAACAUAGUUGUCAUAGAUUUGUAUCAAUGAAUAUAGCUUUUAUUCUUGGCUGCCAUGGGCAAUCUGUGACUAACAGAUUGAUGUGGCCAUGAUUAUAUGUUUAUGUGGGAAGAACUAACGGCCCAUAGAUCAGCUUCCCACAAAGGGGCAUGAAGCCCCCUUUAUGUGAUGUGGGAGCAGUGUGAUGUGGGAGAUGGAUUGUUAAUGACUGGCGUUAAAACUAUUUUCAGUUCCAGUUUGCAAUGCUUCUGGGUGAUGCUAUAAAUAGCCCCAAGACUCUGGGUAGUGUUCCUUUUAUAAAUGAAUUUGUUUCCGCCAGAGCAUUAACCAACACCAACACUUGUGUCAAAUCAGCGGUCAUGAUGCAGCUUUGCGGUUCUUGUGCAUGUUGAUGGGCAAUUAGAGCUUUGUGCUUAAGAUACUUCCCAAAAAUUAUAACCCUCACGUUCUGUGUUUAACAUCUUCAUGCAAGUUGCUGCUUCACUUCUCCUUCCAUGUUUUGCUUCUCUUUAUCCCUCUUUUCCUUUUCUAAUGGUUUCCUCAGUGUGGAUUAUCACCCGUUAUCUGCUUUAAUUCCAAGUCAUGAUUAAUUGGUCACAGUGAUUCCGUAACCUAGAAAAGCACAGGGCUGGUUGACCGUGUGAUGUUAUAAGCACCCACGUGAGGCAGCUAUCCAGUGAAGCAUCAGGCACCAGCCUGGCCCACUUAAGACACUAUUUUGUCACCUUGCGCCAUGAUCUCUCCUUAGUGUGAUGACUCUUGUAAGCUGCUUAGAGUGGCAGGCUAGGAAGGAGCUGUGCUCUUUUGUAGAAAGAGAGAGCUGCAUCUUCCUUGAGGUUGUAAAUAAGAAGCCUUGUUCCAGGCCAAAUUAGGCCCUGGGGCCCCUUUGCAAAUGGGAGCAGAAUGGGUCUCCUGUGAAUCACUACAGAAGGGGAAAGGGGUAGGUGCCUCCUUUAUAAGCCCCACCCCCCACCUUUGGAGCUCAGUGCCAUUCUGUUUUCAUUUUUCCAGAUAUUUCCACAGAUUUCACAUAUAAUCCCGAUACAAGCAAACAGAAGCACCAAGACAAGUGGAGCACCUGCUCAGGAAGGGUGGGAAUAACAGCCGCUCCCUGAAGUGGCUGCCUCACUUUGCCUAAUGGUAGGGCCAGAACUGUGGUGACAGUGACACCAUUGUGGUUCAAACAUGAGAAGCAAACAAGAAUAGACCGUUCCUACUAUGUAGAGUCAAUGUGAGGAGAAAAUUCUCCCCCCCUCUGCCCCACCCAAACGGCACCUUUAUGUUACACACACCUGAAGAUGUUGGAUUAACCGGCAGCGGUUCUCAACCUGUGGGUCCCCAGAUGUUGUUGGACUACAACUCCCAUCAUCACUGAGCUCUGGCCUUGCUAGCUGGGGGUGAUGGGAGUUGUAGUUCAACAACAUCUGGGGACCCACAGGUUGAGAAAGGCUGGAUUAACGUGAGGGGAUGAAAUACUCCUUUCCAGCUGCCACUUAGCUCACAGUUUAUGCCAGAUAAUGCCUCCAUGCUUCCAUUUCCAGGGAUUAGCCUUUGUUUGCACCAGAACAAUACACACAUCAUAAGAACACACAGAGAGCCGGCAGGAUCAGGCCAAAGGCCCACCUAGUCCAGCAUCCUGUUCUCACACACAGGUGUCCAUGGGAAGUUCAAAAGCAAGAUCAGAGAGCAGUAGCACUUGCCCCACCAGCAAUAUCCAGCUCUGGCAUUUUCUGUUCUCUUCCCCACCAACUUGUCAGACUUGCUAACUUUUAAUGUCAGCCAUUUGGAAAUUUCCAGCAUUAAAUUGCAUGUGAGAAUCUAUCUGAAGUUAAAGCCACAUAAUUGCAGAUCACCACUCUUUGAAAAACGAGAAACCCGGCUUUUAUGGCAGGGAAGGAAAUCACAAGUGUCACAACCACAUCAUAUAGAAAAGCACUUUGGAGACUGGAUGUGGUUCUUCAAUAAUUCAAUGCAUGGUGUUCCAGUGAAGUCACAAAUUAACUUGUGGUAGUUUUCACUGUCCUUUGUAGAGGGUUAAGAGGACAACAGAAGAGGGUGAAGAGGUUGGGUGCUAGUUUGCAAAUGAAGAGUCUGAGCAAGAAUAGAUGCUUUUAUGCUCAGGGAGACUGCUCCCUCUUCUUCCUGCCCUUCCUUCUGUGAUGAUCAGUAUGAAGAAAGCAUACCUCACUCCUAUUUCAGUAGUUGUAUCCCUGGACCAUUAAAAAACAAGCAAACAAACAAAAACCAACUAACCAACCCAUUGAGCAGUGGGGGCUGAUCCUUUAGAGGAAAGGGGCACUGCCAGAUCAAACUUUGCCCUCAGCAACCCCUACCUUCCUGCCUUCUUAUUUACAAUCAGUCAUGGAGUGAGUCUGCCUUUCAUUGGCUCUAUCGCCACCUACGGUUGCUCUUCCUACCUUCUGGCCUACCAGUUUCAAUGGGUACUAGUCACAAUCACUUUUGGGAGGCGUCUCGCUGGGCUCAGGGAAUAACAUAGUAAACACCUGCCUACCAAGCAUACCAAGUGGUGACAUCAGAAGUGGAUAAGGAAUUUAACAGUACUGGAAAUGCAGAAUAUGUGAGUCAAACAUGUGAUCAUUUUUUUUUUGUUCAUACCCCAGCCUGGAAAUAUGAUUGCCCAUCAGCUUGAAUUUCACUGAUCUGGCCAGAAUUUAAUUAAACAAAACAAAACAAAUUGAUGGAGCUCCAUUCAGAAUUAAGUAGAGAGGUGAAAAUAAAGAUGGGAUUGGGAAAAAUGUUUUCAUUUUUCUUUUUACAUAACAUGAUCUUAGUUCCCCAUUCCCUGUAAUAAAGGUAAGAACUAGAUAAGAGAGCAAAACAGUGGCAGUUGAGGCACCAAAAGGCAGGCAAUCCUAUACACAUUUACCUAGAAGUAAUUCCUAUUGAACUUAGCAGGACACACAGGACUGUGCUGCAAAUAACCAUGGGCCAAUAAUCAUGUAUAUUUUAGGUUUUGUUCCAGCUUUUAACAGGCUUAACUGAAGUGCUGCAGGUACAGCGGACAAGAGCCUGUCCCAAGUUAAGCUUUUUCAGCACCAUUAAUUGCAAUGGAAGUGUUAAGCACAUGUGUCGCUUUCUCCGACUGAAAGCAGUGGGAUAUAAAUGUGCUUAGCUUUGGCUAAAUCAUGCCCUGCUCAUUUCUGGCAUUUCACGUGCGACAUUUCAUCCAUUUGAUGCCUCCAGUUGUGGCCUAGCUUUCACAGAGAGGUAGCAAAUAUGUCUGGGUUGUACCAAUUUAGGCUGCCUGUGGAGGCUCACUGGACUGUCCUUCAUGCAACAUUUUGCUGCACAUAAUAAACUAGAUGUUUGGGAGGAAAGUUCCAGUGUGUAACCUUCUCUCAGACGUACCGUUUUUCUAUGUGCAGGGUGCAUGUGGGGCAAGGAAAUGGUUGUGUAUCUCUGAUCUAGGCCACACCUUCAGUCUGAAGUGGCGCAGCCCUGAGACAGGCUUACUUCCUCAGCAAAAACUAGGUCAGCUCUUACUGAUGUAAAAAAGGGGUUAGCUUUCUGGUCCAGGUAAAUACUUGUUUCCUUUAAUAUAAUGCCAAAAGUUUAAUAGAGUGGGGAAUUCAAGGAGACACAUCUGCAGGAUAUACAAAUCAGGGAAGAAACUAAAAAUUUGGCAAUCCUAUCGGAAGGGGAUGAUGACGGUGUGAUUGUGUGAGUGUGUGUGUAUUUUAAAAAUUAGGUAAAGGGAGCUGUUUAUCAGUUCAGCGGGGAUCACGCUUCCUUUCUCAAGAUGUUUCCACAUACCAAGUGUCCAGGGAAGAUAACUGCAUUCCGUAUUGGAGGACGGGGAUUUCCAACAAGAGGACAUAUGUUUCCUAAAACCAUUGCUAGCAUUUAUUCAUCCGAAACCGAAUCAGCAUACCUGCCUGUGGCAGCAUGAAAAUAAAGAAAAUAAAGCAGGUUAUUAUCGCUUUGUGUUCAUUAAGUUACUGCCUGACGCUUUGUGAAGGCUCAUCUUUACAAGUAGGAUAUAAAUACGCAAAUAAAAGAGGGGCAACAACUAGGAUCCCCUGAAAAUCUGUGCAUUGUGAUGAUUCCCAGAUCCUCACUAGUAUAUUUUUCUGGAGGGGCAUGUCAGGGAAUGUGGGAGCUUGGGAGUCUGCAGAUCCAAAGCUACUACUACUAUUAAUUUUAUUAUUCAUACCCCGCCCAUCUGGCUGCAUUUCCCCAGCCAAAAAACUUACUGGUACAGGGCCACCUUCAGAUGUCUUCUAAAAGUCGUGUAGUUCUUUAUCUCCUUGACAUCUGAAGGGAGGGUGUUCCACAGGGCGGGUGCCACCACUGAGAAGGCCCUCUGGCUGGUUCCCUGUAACUUCGCUUCUUGCAGUGAGGGAACCAGCAGAAGACCCGCGGAGGAGGACCUCAGCUACCUCCACCCCCAUAUUGCCCCAUUCUGACCCCCACCAGGAACGGAAUACUUCUGUCUACACCACAGGAGCUUUCUGCAGGUGUAUCAGUGGAUCUCCAAUGGCAUUGGGUCCAUCUCAUGGCAGAUCAGGUCUUUCUCUAUUUAUGCUGCAUCCUAUGAUCUCUCAGCUGAAUCCAAAAUAAACAUGGUCACUUAUAACCUAUUUAUAUGUUGUGGAUUUGGGUGACAUAUAACCCACGGGCUGUGAAUGCACUCGGAUUAUAUUUUGGGUACGUGCUCACGUCGUAUAUUUUGCUUGUGUGUGUUCUAGGUAUUUUUGCAAUUUGUAUUUUUAAAAUCUGUGGCCACACUUCAUGAACCUGAGCUAAUGACCUUAAGGGGAGUAUCCUGGGAUUGCGUGGUGUGUUGUUGUUUUUUACUUUCUCCUGCAAUCUCAUUUUUCUAACGAGAGCUCAUCUCAUCCUUGACUUUUGUUUUUGUCAAAGAUUUACUGACCCAUUCAAGAAAAAAAACCAAAACCUAUUAUCUCACUGCACUUUUAAACAUAGCAAGGGUUCAUUUCCAGCUGGUGAAUGAACUGUAGCUUCCUGCCGAAAUCCUGCGGGGUUUUUUAAUACCACAAACAUUCCAGAUUGGGGGGUGGGAGGUAUUGGCUUGCUUUUGUUGCACUAUAGUGCAGGAGUGACCUUUCAGAAAGCAAUAAUGUAGUAACACUGGGGAAGCAUCACAGAACAACUAAUGAAGUAGAAAGAUGUGUUGGCAGUCCAGCACAAAUCCACCAUUAGCACACAAUGUUACAGAAUAAAGCACCAGUCUGGAGGGAUUUUAGCAUUUUUUAAACUUGUUUUAAAGGUACCGCUUUAUAGCGCGAAGGUAAACGGUGUUUCCAUGUGCUGCUCUGGUGCCGGUCGCCGGAGCAGCUUCGUCACGCUGGCCACGUGACCCGGAAGUGUCUGCGGACAGCGCUGGCUCCCGGCCUCUAGAGUGAGAUGAGCGCACAACCCUAGAGUCUGUCAAGACUGGCCCGUACGGGCAGGGGUACCUUUACCUUUAAACUUGUUUCUGUGGAAGAUAGCAGAAAAAGAUUAUUACAAAGAAAACAGUCAAUACUAUCAAGAGAAGGAGGAAAAGGAGAAGGAAGAGGAAGAGGGGUUUGACUUUCUUUGUGUGUUAGAUAAUUUAGUAAGGGCAAUAUUAUUAGACUGAAGAGAAUAAAAUUCAGAUCGGAGAGAAGAAGAGCAAUUUUUAAAGAAAUUUAAAAACUUUGUAAUAUUUUUUAUUGAAGUUUUUUUGUUUUAUUGUUGUAAAUCACUUUGAAAUAUUUUCAUGACAUUGCUGUACAUAAAUAUUUUUAUCAAUCAAUUAGAAAGUAGUAAGAUAUCCAAGACAACAGGAAUAAAAGAUAUGCAAGGGGGGGAAAUGAAGGAAAAGAAACACAGUGAUAACUGGGUAGAUAGAGUUUUAGGCUUAAAGAUGGAAGUAAAUUCACCUGGAAAGUGAGAGACCAAUGAGUUAAAGAAACUAAAACCAAAUGAAUGAUAGAAGACAAAGGGGAAGAUAGAAUGGGAUCAAGCAACAAGUUAACGAAAUUGCAGAAAGAAGAGGGGAAGCUUCUGUGGACAAUUACGGUGAUCUCUCAUAGCUGUUUCUAUGUUUUGUCUGUAUAUGAUGAAUGGCUCCCAGUACAGUGGUACCUCGGGUUACAUACGCUUCAGGUUACAGACUCCGCUAACCCAGAAAUAGUACCUCGGGUUAAGAACUUUGCUUCAGGAUGAGAACAGUAAUCGUGUGGUGGCGGCACGGCAGCACUGGGAGGCCCCAUUAGCUAAAGUGGUGCUUCAGGUUAAGAACAGUUUCAGGUUAAGAACGGACCUCCGGAACGAAUUAAGUAUGUAACCAGAGAUACCACUGUAUAUCGAAGGAAUAGCUGCCAUCCCCUCCAUGUGUCCUUCAUUUUAAAAUGAAAUUGAAAAUCUAAAGCUCCCUCAUGUUCAGCAAAUUAAGAAAGUCCCUCCAUGUGUCAUGAGUUUGCCAUCCAUAUUUUUUACCUCUUGCAUGGUCUCGGUGUUGGUUGGUUGUUUUACAUGUGCACACUUAAAGAUAAAAGAUAAUUUACAAAUGAUUAAUACUUAGUCUGGCCUUUCAAGAAAAGUGGCAAUUGGUUUAUUGUGGAGGCAUUCGGCUUGCAGUGUUGUGUUUAGAAUCGGCUGGGUGUCAGAGACUGAUUGGCUCUGAACUUUUAGCUGGACACGGCUAUGGAUUCAUGGGUCUGCAAGUUUUGUCACCAAAGGGUAUGUUGGAAAUUGAACUGUUGGUCUAACGGGAACACAUUAAUUUUGCACUCUGACUUGCUUUGUAGACAAGUCCCAUGCAGCUCGGUAUAUGGGUGUUAAUUUUUUAGCCCAGUUACUUCCUUAUGCAAGGACUUGAAGAGCCAAUCAAAUGUCAGAUGUGAGCUUCAACCUACUGUACUUCAUGGCCACUUUCCUGCAAGUGGCUUGAUCAGCUGCUUUGUAUUGUUUUGGUUAUUCUUUUAUAUUAAACACUGUUAUGCUUUGGGACAAAGAUACAGUGGCGCCUCUUGUCUGACUGCCUUUAUGCUACUAAAAACAGAACUACUUUGGGCCUUCCCUAAAAUUCUGCUCCCGUAGAGGUCUUUUGAAAAAUAUAGAGAAUUUGCUGUCUACUUCUGGUUAAUGCUUGAUUUACGCUGUUGUUACUGCACCCCAUAAAAAGAGCUUUCUCUAUCACAACAUUUCUAGGUACAUAAACAAUCAUGACUCACUUGUUUGAAAGUUCCUUGUGCUUGAGAUCCAAAAUACCCUUUAGCCCCUUUCGCUUUGAUCUCAUGCCUGAAAAAAGAAACCCUUUUCCUUGAAACGGGUGAAAGUUAUUUCAGUUCUAAUAAUGCAUCAAAGCUAAUACAUGUACAGUGUACAGAGUUGAGCCAAACCUCAGGAUCUCUUUCUCCUUUUCAGUUUUAAUUUACUGUUUUCUUUUCGGUGAAUUUGGUGAGAGCCUUUUUAUGCCUUUUGAUGCUCAUGAAAGCAAGAGAUUAGGAUUUCUUUACAGAAGCAAUCUGCAACCAUGGAAGCUUCUUUGCAUUGGUCUGCUGGUGCUUGUCAGCCACUUCUUGGAGAACUUUUGAAUCUCUCCUAAGUACUGAUUUCAGAAUGUUUCAUGGGAAGCUUUUAGAGAGCUCCUUUAGUGUGGGGGAUGAAUUGAAUAUGUCAGUUUUGGUUCAUUUUUCCAGUUUCGGGUUCAUUCCUCCACAUUUCCACAUCAGUUUGCAUUUUUUUAACAACGUCCUCAUGAAAAUUCACCAGCAUUUUAGUACAAAUCUCUCCUCAUAUAAACGGUUUUAAAAUUCACGUUUGCCUAAUUAAAAUACACAAGUUUGCAAAGCAAAUUUCCCUGCUGAAACCAGUGCAAGAUCAGGACGAACAGGGACUCAACCCCGCUUGAAAGUUGUUCCCAUUGAUUCUGAAACACUUCUGUCUAAUCCAGAUGUGGUGCUGCCGAUUGUGUUUGUUCAAAGGUUUCGGAAAGGCACUAUGCACUUGCUCAUGUGCACUGUAUUGUAUUGCAUCCAGAUGUGUGUCUUAAGCUUGCAUAUAUAACCUUAACAUGGCAUGCCUCACUUCAUUGUGCAGAGUUAAAGGCAGAAUUCAUUUUGUAGGCUAAGUAUAAACCAUAUCCUGGUAUUAUGCCAUCAGUGAUGACCAGAAAAACUAGAAGAACAACAGCAAUAAUGAAGGCUGUGUCUACCUUGACAUUUUAAAUUUAUUUUAUCAGAUCUGCAUGCCACUUUUCAAUGGAGGAUGGCUAUGUUGAGAACACUAUAAAUUAGCAACUUAGUUAUUUUAUGAAGAGGUUCUCUCUACUCCAGAUAUGACAUCUACAUAACUUAGGAAAACCUUGGGGGCCCUCCACAUUCAUUGCACAUUAAUGAUUAUUUGUGCUCUUGAUGGUAUUGUGGUGUUAGACAUGAUCCCACUGUCAAUACUGUUUGAGCCUGCAAAAGUUUUUGGGCUAGACGUGCUGCUUUGUUUCCAUUAAGUGCAUGCCCCAUAGCUUCCAGAAUUUUUUUUUUACCACAAAUGUUCCUGGGGGUUGUUGCACUGUAGAGUGUUUGUUCAGAUGGCAAUAAUAUUGAGGAAGCACCACCGAAUUAAUAAAUCAGAAUGAUGUAUGCACUGUCUAGUAUAAAUCCACUAUUAUCACACUAUUAUGGCAUCAAUGACAUGCUGGACAAUACACUGGCAAAACAAACAAAGAAACCCUGCAGUCUGGAGGGGCUCUUAAAGAACCUAGAAAUAGUGCUCAUAAAUAUAUCACUGACCCAGGGAUGGUAUUCAUAUUAAAUGGAGAAAACUGAAGCAAAAAUUGAAAAAAAAGGAGGAGGGGAUAGCAAGUGUUGAUUGAGUUACAAGUUAUGAGGUCCAGCUCUGAGAGCCUUCUGGCUGUUCCCUCACUGCGAGAUGUGAGGUUACAGGGAACCAGGGAGAGGGCCUUCUUGGUGGUGGCGCCCGCCCUGUGGAAUGCCCUCCCAUCACAUGUCAAGGAAAUAAACAACUAUCUGACUUUUAGAAGACACCUGAAGGCAGCCCUGUUUAAGGAAGUUUUUAGUGUCUGGUGUUUUAAUCUGUUGGGAGCCACCCAGAGUGGCUGGGGAAACCCAGCCAGAUGGGCGGGGUAUAAAUAAUAAAUAUUGAUGAUGAUGAUGAAAACACACACACAUAGCAAAUUUCAGGAGCAAUAUUGUGUUUUAAAAUCUUAUUUGCUUGGGUUUUAUAAAUUAAUGCUCUUUGGGGUGCUCUCCUGGGGUUUGUUGUGCCUGUUGAAUAAUCAGAAAGAGGUUCUUUGAAGCAAAGAGAUACUUAAUGAUGUGAGUAACUCUCAAGCCAAGCUGUGCUCCAAUUGCUGACCUUGCCUUGUAUUUUCUGAGGGUUAGUAACCCAACAAAUGACCCUGAUCUCUCCAAGCUGGCUCUAAUCUCUCUCUGUGUGUAAAUGGAUUUAUUGUAAGUGGCACAGCAGACAUACAGCGCUGGAGCUGCGCUUUCUGUGGAAGCAGGCUAGAUUUGGUGGGUGAUGCUAUAGAGCCAGUCAGCUCAAGAUAAGGGCAUAUUUUCUCAGCAUCCAGCCGAAAGACUCAACAAACUCACAUAACACAUCUUGUGGGAGUGGAAAGCCAUCACAUCUGAUUGUUUUCUCUCGCAGUAUCUCUCAAAGGCAGAUCUUACGUUCCACAUUUGCUGCUUUCUUACUGGCAGCCCAGCUUAAUGCAGCGGUUCAGUGUUUUUCAGGAAAUCUUUCUAUACCCUACAAGCCUGCCUUCUCUACAUCAGAGAUACCCAAGGCUGACUGAUUAGGCUGAAAGCUCAUGUUCCUUCAGACAUGAAUGCUGCACUAAUAAUAAUAAUAAUAAUAAUAAUAAUAAUAAUAAUAUUUUAUAAUUAUUUAUAAUAAUAAUUUAUUUUUACCCCCCCAAUCUGGCUGAGUUUCCCCAGCCACUCUGUGCAGCUCCUUCAGAUGUCCUUUGAAAAUAGGGUAGCUGCUUAUUUCCUUGACAUCUGACGGGAGGGCCUUCCACAGGGCAGGCGCCACUACCGAGAAGGCUCUCUGUCUGGUUCCCUGUAACCUCACUUCUCGCAAUGAGGGAACCGCCAGAGGGCCCUCGGCGCUGGAUCUCAGUGUCCGGGCUGAACGAUGUGGGUGGAGACGCUCCUUCAGGUAUACAGGACUGAAGCCGUUUAGGGCUUUAAAGGUCAGCACCAACACUUUGAAUUGUGCUUGGAAACAUACUGGGAGCCAAUGCAGAUCUCUCAGGACCGGUGUUAUGUGGUCCCAGCAGCCACUCCCAGUCACCAGUCUAGCUACCACAUUCUGGAUACACAUGCUAUACUGCUGCCCUUUCACAUUUACAAAUGGCCCCUCUUUCACGUUUUCCUCCACGUUAACGCUGGUCAAAUGUUUGCCUAAGCAACACAAGAAAUCCCAGGUGUGAAAGCAAUCUUGAAUAAAAAGCACCUCCAUCACAUGACUUGUGUGAUAAUUGUACACAUGCUGAUUUUGCUGCAAUGCACAUGUGUCGAUAUGGCGGUGCCUUAGUGCGCAUUGUAUCUCUUUCUCAUCUGUAAUAGGCAACCGUAGAUCUGUGAAGUUGAGCAAUGGCCCUACACUCCCUCUGUCUGCAUCUCGAUAACAUUAUACAGUAUUCACCCUGUACUCUUACUGUUAUCUCUGUCACUCACUAGUUUAUGUAUGUGUGAGAGAGGUUAAAGCAGGCAUGUAUAAGCAGGAAAAGGAAAAGGCAUGGGCUGUGUAAAAAGAUGCCUUGCUCGUCCUCGUAACAUGUUUUCCUGUUUUAUGCUUCUCUCCUUCUUGUACUGCCUGAAAUAGACAUUUCUGGAGGGGUGGUGUGGCAGGGCAGACACUAACUUCACAGGGCCUGAUUUGGUCCGUGGGGUGCUAGUUGCUGACUCUCAAAACUCACUGGUGGUUUUGCCAUUCAAGAUUCCCUUGUUUAAAGACAGGAACAGGUACCGCACAAGGGAGUCAGGAAAAACAAACAGGAUCUCUAAUAACAAUGGUUUGGGGUAGCACAUUUCUUUCUCUUCUAAACGAAUCAGGUUGCAUCACCAAUUAACUUUACAAGAGUGAUGGCUGAUUCAUUUUAUGCAUGCAAAGCAGCAAGCUGUAAAAUAUUUAAAUGUUAUUAACACGGAUGAAUCAGAACAGUUUCCUAAGUGGGCUUGCUCUCUAUGUUAGGCAACGAACUGAAUACUGAAUGCACUGACUGUGUUGUCUACUUUAAUAAGAAGGUGAUUACUUAUUUCAGGGAGGUUCUAUGGCUGCAAGGGCCAUAAAUAUAAAGAAGAUAAAAAUCAUGAUCUGUGCUACUAUCGUAGUAUCAUAUGAGUAUGCGUUUGGUACCAACCAUGCCUAGACAGUAGGCAUGAUGCUGCCAAGUUAUACAUUUUAAAAGCCCAAUUAAAUUUGGUGGAAGAGUUAAGUAUCUGUUUAAAUUCCUCCCAUAUAAAACCAUGGGAUUUAAAAGCACCUAACAUUGGCUGAAUCAUAUUCCGUAUUUUUUAAAAUGCAAUGACUACCGAAUUUUUCACUCUAUAGGACGCACUUUUUCCCCUCCAAAAAUUAAGGGGAAAUGUGUAUGCGUCCUAUGGAGCGAAUGCAGGCUCCUUGGCUUCAGCGAUAGCACGCAGCCUCCGGCGCAGAGGGUGCACUCCUCCGCGCUCCAGAGGCUACGCGUUGCUGCUGAAGCCUGGAGAGCGAGGUCGUGCGCACCGACCCUCUGCUCCAGGCUUCAGGGAUAGCCGCCUGAAGCCUUUGGAGCGCAGCGGGAACUCGCACUGCACUCCAAAGGCUUUGGGUUCCUUUCGCUGAAGCCAGGAGAGCAAGACUCUCCUGGCUUCAGCAGAGAGGAAGAGCUGCGCAGCGCCCCUUCAGUGAAGCAGGAGGAGAAAUGGAAGGGGCUCCUUUUCUCCUGCCGUUUCGCUGAAGGGGCGCUGAGCAGAGAGGGGGAGAUUUUUUUUUUCUUGUUCUCCCCCUCUAAAACAAGGUGCGUCCUAUGGUCGGGUGCGUCCUAUAGAGCGAAAAAUACGGUACAUAAUUGUUACUGACAUAUUGUGCAGGGUCCAGGCUUUCUGUAAGAUAACAUUUCUGCUUGAAGGGCGUGGGGAGGAGAAUCACAUUUCCCCAUAAUUCCAGCCGCAGGGGAGAGGGGAGAUUGCACUCAAAUACAGUGGUACCUUGGCUGUCAAACUUAAUCCGUUCCAGGAGUCCAUUCGAUUGCCGGAAUCAUUAGAAAACCAAGGUGCUGCUUACGAUUGGCUGCAGGAGCUUCCUGUGCUCAGUCUGAAGCCGUGGAAGCCAUGUUGGAUGUUUGACUUCCAAAGAACUUUCAAAAACCAGAACACUUAUUUCUGGGUUUUUGGCAUUUGGGAGCCAAAACAUACAAGUACCAAGGCGUUCAAGAACCAAGGUACGACUAUAUGCUGUAUUAUUGGGAUUUGGUCAAUCAGCCAAUUGUCAGCACAUGGAACUCUUAGGUUUCACUGUAUUCGUGUAUCAUUGCGUAUCGUUGCAACAGGAGUGGGUGCUUAAUUUAUCCUUACUUUUCAAUCCAAGGACUUUUAGCUAGGGACUAUUCAGAGCGCACCUGGAUAGCUUGUGGAUUUCCACAGAAAUUUCGCAGUGGCAGUGGGAGGCCCCAUUAGCUAAAGUGGUACCUCAGGUUAAGAACAGUUUCAGGUUAAGAACGGACCUCCAGAACGAAUUAAGUUCUUAACCCGAGGUACCACUGUAAUGCUGUGUCAUUGAUAGUCCACUUUUUUUUUUCUAUUUUCAUCAUUUCUUAGAACUCUGGAUUUUAGAAGUCUCUUUCUUUCUUUCUUGGGAAGCUUUUGAUCCCCCUUUUCUAAUACAAAUUACGGUACAUCAAAGAGGUGCCUAUAGUACACAGAAACCAUCUUUUGUGAUCCAAACUGUGAAGUUGUCCGCCAGAAAGACUGGCCAGCAAGCAGGGAGUGACAGCUUUUUUUGUUCUGUCAAAUUCUGUUGUUACAAUGAUAUUCCUGCCCAUGAUCAAGCCCUUUCCCCCCUGUUUUGUAGUUUUUAUCUACCUUUGAGUAUGUUCUAUGUGAUCAGUAAAACUGAACUUCUUUCAAGUGCGGGACUGCGGGAAGCUCCGUAUUUCUAGGAACCAUAGGCUGGGUUCUCUGUCAUUCAUUCUAAAGAAAGAACACUGUAGUAGUUUCUCUAGAAUUCAGUGUUAGAUCCGGAUUUGUGUCUGUGUGUAUCUGUCUGUGCGUCAGAGCUUCAGCGUUGUCUUCUAUGAACCCACCACAAUCACCACUUCCUUCCAAUAAUGCUGGAUGUUGGAGAAGUACAAUGAAAGAGCAUCGCCCUCACUGGGAGAGGGUGGAAUAGUGGUGACUGCCUCAGGCCCUUCUUUGGAAGAGGGGGGACGGGACGGGACAUGCCUGACACCAUGGUCAGCAGCUCUGUUUCCUAAUCAGCCCUGCCAUAUCCCACAAACGCAAGUGAGGCUUUCUAUCUCCUCCUUUCCUUAGAGCAAAGCAGAGCGGAAGUGGCAUGCAUAAGGAAAUAUAAAGUAAGUUGUGUGGAGAAUCCACAAAGCACAGCAUUAAUUAAGCCAAGGAGAGAGAGCACUGCUACUAAUGGUGAAAUAUACUCGGAGUCGAGUAUGGAUUUCAUGCUCUUUAUUCAGCUCAUAGUAGUGAGGAAUGAAAGUUCCCCCAAAAUAUUUGCUUUAUAUACAUUAUUUACACAAUGGGUUGCAUGUGAUUGGCUAAUUCCGGGGUUCUCCUGCAGGCCAAUCAGGUUGUGGAUUCACUUCCACCUGGAGCUGGAUUGAGUGGCUCCUGCAGACCAAUCAUACUGCUGCAUUGUUCUAGGACCAAUCAGACUGCUGCAUUCUGAAUCCUAUUGUUCUAGGACCAAUCAGACUCCUGCAUUUUGGAUCCUAUUGUUCUAGGACCAAUCAGACUCCUGCAUUUUGGAUCCUAUUGUUCUAGGACCAAUCAGGCUGCUGCAUUUUGGAUCCUAUUCAACUCAGUACAUAACAAAUGGCAUGAAAGGGAGGAGGAGGAGGAGAGGCAGAGGCAAGGGGCAUUUAAGGUAACAGAUAGGGGAUCUUUGCCCAGAUUAGCACUAGUGCAACAGGACUUUACCUCCUUCUCAUGCCCCCACAGAGGCCUCAUGCCAUGCCCAGAAGACAUUAAGGGGGUCUCCAUAGGCAGGAGAGAGAAGGAAAUAAUGUUUUAUAGCACAAGUAGAAAUUCUUGCACUGACAGAACAUUCUCCUUAGCAAUCCUGAUCUCACAGUGGCCAACUAGAUGGUCUAUGGGAAGCCCAAAAGCAGGACCUGAGCACUUGGGAAAUGCUGUUUGUGGGCUUCCUGUGAUCACCUGGCCUCAUCCAGCAUGGCUUUAUUUAUGCAUACCUCCCAAGUGCCUGAAAAAACAUCCCAUUUUUUUUGUGUGAGAUUGUGGCAGCCAUUUUGGGUGACAUGAUCUCGCAUGCUGUUCUGCUGUACACUUGCCUCCCAAAAGCACUUUUUUGGGGUUGUGAUCUCACACGGGGGAAAAAAUAUAUGCCCCCAAAUAAAAAUGUGCUUCCCAGUUUUGGCUCUGGAGAAGUUGGAAUAUACGCUUAUGUACUUACCGAUGCCCCAUACAUAUGCCUUCUCCCUAUAGGCCCAAUUAGGACCACUGCCUAGAAGGAGAGGGCAAAACAAGUGGCGGCAGCUUCUACAUGAGAACUUAAGAAGGGCUUGCAGGAUCAGGACAAAGGCCCAUAUAGCCCAGCACUUUGUCCACACAGUGGUCGAAAAUGUUCCUUCACUUCGCUCCUCUCAUACUUCGAGAGGGCAGGUGGCAACAGCAAAAAAGAGAGCUCAGUCAGGUCAGCAAUGGACCCCUUGUUGGAGUUUGGGCCUCAGCAGCUACCCAGGGAUGCCAAGAGCAACCCUCUGUAACACUAGCCAUGAGCAGAUUUUACAAGAAGCACGGAGCUACAGCCACGCUGUCUCCUUCUCCCGCCCUAGUGUCAGGGUGCUGUCAGUGGCUCCCGGCCAGUUGCCCAGGAAAGUAUAAGGACAAGGAAAAGUUUCUUACAGUCCCUUUUUAUUUCAAACUUUACAGAGAGAGGCUAUAGUCCCCAGCCUCUUGGAUAAUGGCGUUCUCCCAAGUGAAUCUCCACCCCUCCUUCUCUCCCACUUCCUCAUAUGGGUGCUGCUAAGUGCCCUCUAGGGACGUGGGUGGUGCUGUGGGUUAAACCACAGAGCCUAGGACUUGCCGAUCAGAAGGUUGGCGGUUCAAAUCCCCGCGACGGGGUGAGCUCCUGUUGCUCAGUCCCUGCUCCUGCCAACCUAGCAGUUCGAAAGCAUGUCAAAGUACAAGUAGAUAAAUAGGUACCACUCCGGCGGGAAGGUAAACAGCGUUUCUGUGUGCUGCUCUGGUUCGCCAGAAGCGGCUUAGUCAUGCUGGCCACAUGACCCGGAAGCUGUACGCCGGCUCCCUCAGCCAAUAAAACAAGAUGAACGCCACAACCCCAGAGUCGGUCACAACUGGACCUAAUGGUCAGGGGUCCUUUUACCUUUAAGUGCCCUCUAUCUUGAAGUUCUUUGCUCUCCUACUUUCAAGGUUUGCCAGGUUCUGGGAGAUGGUGGGUCUGGAAUGCUUUCUAUUGACAAUGUGUCAGCCAGCUGCUGCUCUGGCUCUGCCUGCUCCUCCUCUCCCAUUAUCUCCCAAUUUCCCCCCUCUGAGUUGUGACCUCCCGCAAACCACUAUUGUAAAUCUAUCCUUUCUUCCUCUACCUCCUCCCUGGAAGUGUCAGGAUGGGGAGGCAAGUCUAUACCACUCCUCUUCCUCCUCUGCCCAGCUCCUGGCAUCUAGUGACGUAUAGGAAAACUUUAGAUGUGUCAUCUUCACACUGUGUGAUGCUGUGCAAUCCCUGCUGCCAACAGGGAGACACAAGAAUGUGUUUGUGCGUACGGAUAUCGCAGCACACACUGAGUUUACCUCAGUGAAGAGGAAAGGGAGAGGCACAGUGUGGUGACGUCUCUGAGUAUCUCUUCCAACCUCUAAUGAAGCCCUCAGAGAUCUCACUAAAUGAGAGGAGGAGAAGAAAAGCACAACGGAGAUCAGGGGGGUAAUUUAAUAUAGCAUAGCCUGCAACAGGAAAGCUGAGAUAAGAAACACACACUUAUACAGAAGCCAGCAUAUGGCAUCACAGUUGAAACCCAGCUGCAUGAGGAAUUGCAGCCAAUGUUAUUGUGGUGCUUCAUUCUUUCAUGUGUUUAUGGUUUUAUUGUGCUGGCUGCUGUUAUUUAUUGACUGCAGCGUUAUUGUGUGUCUUUAAUUGUGUUGCCUCAUAUAUUGCUGUUAAUUUUUGGUGACUUGCCUUGUAAGGAAUUUUGGGGGUUUUUUUGAAAGGCAGUUUACAAAACUACAAACUAAAAUAAGAAAUCUGUGUGUACAAAUGUAUUCAGUAGGUACACUGUAGAAACAGAUAGCUAAACUUCAGAAGAACGGAUGAAAUACAACUGCAUGAAUAGUGGACACAACGGAUGACUAGGGUAAAAGAUGACUGGAAAACUUGAUUGCAGCAUUCGAUCAUGGGCCAGUUUCUGGAAUCCAUGACUGAACCAGUUUUCUUAGCAUCUGAAAAUGCCAAUUUUACUUAUAGUAUCUGCCUCAGUGCUUAAGCAACCUUUGGAACUCCUAAAGGCAGUAAAGUUGCCAGCAGAUGUAGGUCUUGUGGGGAUCUCAGUGGCACCCACUGAAUACACACUGACUGAUUAGCAAGGUACAGUUUGUUGUGUAGAGUUACAUAAUGUGUGUUAGGAAGGAGUGUUGAGUCAUACACCUGUAGUCAAAAUUACUGGAGAGCUUGCAGUUGAUUACAAAAGUUUAAAACUAGGACAUCGGUGAUUCACUAAGCCUCACUCUUUAAAAAAAAAAAAAAAAGACAUAGCCACACACACCUGCCAGUAUAUUAUUAGUCUGCAUUUGCUUACGGUCUUCUUUCCGUCAAAGAGAUCAGUCAAAGCCAAUUCAGUUCCUUUUACCAGGUGCCAAAGUGCUGUGCAACUAAACAACAAAGCAUUUCCGUUUCAGCGGAUGAUGUGUUCAAGAAAAUAAAGGUGGCUGUUGUGAGGCUUUUUGUUGGCCUUUCGUUUUUCAUUUAUUUAUUUCUUUAAAACAUUUCUACCCUGCUUUUCCUAGUGUCUCAAGAUGUAUUAAAAGAAUGAGGAACAAUACUAAAAACAAGCCCUUAUAAAGCCUCAAAUGACACACAACAGAAGCAAUAAAACCAUUCAGCAUUACCUGCGCUCCCUUGAAAUUAUUCAGUGCCUGAAAGGCUCUCCUAAAUGACCAUGGCCAUCUAAAAUCAGGAGUGCAGUACACGGUUCCAGUUCCUAAAGGAGGUGUAUCCACAGUGCUGGGACCAUCCCCGAAAAGGCCCUGUUCCUAAGUUCCCAUGUCCUUAAUGUGGAAAUGUUCCAACUAGUUAGUGUUGAGUCAAAGAUGCCGCCCCACUUUUGCAGCUCAGUUUCACAGGCCACAAAAAUGGAGCAGCAUUUUUAGCAAUAUUGCCAAGAAGAGGAGAAAUUCUUUAAAAACGUCAUUCUGUAGGAUAGGGGUGUGGCUACAGUGGCUUUUUAUCUGGAUUAUUUAUUUAACCACAGCCACCUUGAUGACGUCACCUCCAGCCAGGGAGCACGGUAGUCUGCGGGAAGCCUGCUCCCUUCCCAAAGGAACUCUGGCUAUUAGGAGGAUCUUCUAUGGCCAAACCCCUCACUUCUAACAAAUCUGCCUGGCUAAGCUUGUACAAAUGACUAGACCUCUUUAGCAAUGCUUCCCUCUCAAAAGAGGAUGGCGGCGUUACAGAUAUUCUAAAUAUUGUACAUUUAUUUAUUUUCUUUUUUCUGCCAUGGGACUGGAUCCUGUCCCAGGAGGUCUCUCAUCCAAGCACUGACCAAGCUCAAACCUGCUUAACUUUUAGCAAAGUGAUAGGCUCCUUUGCCUUCAGAUAAUACCUGGGGUCCACUUGUCAUAUCACAUUAUGUCAGACGUACGCUAGAGAUGCAUAAACCCAGAGAUCUAUCUCUUGUGCAGUUAUUUCCACAUUUGAGAUGUUAGGAACUGGCCCUUAAGUAUGCUAAGCUUGGUUCAGCUCAUGGAUAUAGGACAACAAUUUUCUGAACAGCGCCAGCCAAUCAUUUGAGGAUGCUCUGCCCAUUUAACCAGUGAAGGAGAAGAGUGCAAGAUUUCUGCCAAUGGAAUGAAUCCAGUUGUCGUCUAAAUAAUUUAUAGCAACAGGUGAUGUGGAUGAUUUUGCAUGUCUUUGAUCCUUCACAAGUCAAUAAUGAGUGGAAGUGAUCGGGAAACAUCAUAACCUCUUCCAAUUUGGAAUGCUCUUGGAGGUGGUGGUGGAAAUCAGUGACUGCACAUAUAAUGGAGAUAGUAGGGGCAGUUAUGCCAUCCAAAGCUUUUUGAGUCCUUGGACAUUUUUCAUUUCCAUAGCAGGGAACGGGGAAGGCCCUACCUGCACAUACAUAUGGAUGCCUCACUGGAUUGCAGUCACAUCUAGCAAAUUAGCUCAUGCAACUGUUAUUCACGCUCUGCUUGUGAAAUUUCCCAGGGGAAUUGGGCUCCCACUGUUAUAAACAGGAGACUGCGCUAGACAGAUUGUUGGGCUGAUCUAGCGAAGCUCUUUUUUCAUCCUUAUGUCAUUCAAGUAUAGGUACUGCACAGACUGUGAAGUGAAACUAGGUAUCUAAAGAAAAGAGAAACCUAAUCUCCGUUGGCUCUUGACCCGAGCUCAGGUUUCACCAGUAUCUCUGUCUUUUAUUAUUUAUGAGUUCAUUUGCAUUUAAUGACAGGCUUUUAUAUUUAUAGUCUCUUUUUAUUUUAUGACCAUUUGCUCGCAUGAAUUAAUAGCCUGUUAAUGUCUUCUAUUUUCAAAAGUUAUGGGCACCAUUAAAUAAGUUAAUAAGCUGUGUUUGACGCUCUUGGGUGUGUGUCAUUCAGCAGGUCUAUGCGUACCUUGGGUGUGUUAAGUUCCAGACGUACGCAUGCUGAAGGGCACUUCUUGCUGACAAGGUAUAUUUUUCACCUUUCUGUGCCAGGUGAGAUCUUUCUGUCUUGGGCGAAACCUGCCCUCAUUUUGCUGUCCACCGUCAUAGCAGGCACAUGGGAUUUGGUAUAGCACUGCCACAAUUAAACCACCCUUCUCCCAACAGUAAUGGCCUUGAACCUUUGUGCAAUCUGUGCAUGUGCGUCUUCAUUCUCUUUCUUGGAAGGUGUAGCUCCCCUUGCAUAGAAUGUGCCCGCAAACAUUUUACACGAUUAAAAAUUGGGGCAUGUCUGUGGAAGUGUAGGAAGAGAUUUAAAAAAGGAAAAAGAGUGGCUAAAUGUAAGUUAAUAAAUUGGUGUAAGGAGGAAAAAGUGUGCAUCUCUUUGAAUGCAAACCUGAAGCACACAACUUGUGCGUUAUGGGGAACAACUAUAUCAUGGGUAGGCAAACUAAGGCCUGGGGCCGGAUCUGGCCCAAUCGCCUUCUAAAUCCACCUGGGAAUCGGCGUGUUUUUACAUGAGUUGAAUGUGUGCUUUUAUUUAAAAUGCAGCUCUGGGUUAUUUGUGGGGCAUAGGAAUUCGUUCUUAAAAAUAAAAAAAUAGUCCAGCCCCCCACAAGGUCUGAGGGACAGUGGACCGGCCCCCUGCUGAAAAAGUUUGCUGACCCCUGAACUAUAUUAAGCACAAAGCUCCAUAUAGCUAUCAAGGUAACAGAAGACCAGAAACUGCAAAGUUGUAUCAUGACCACUGUUUGAUGGGAGUACUGCUGAUUAAUGCUCUGGAAACAAAGUAGUUCAAAAGAAAAACCCACUGCCCCAGUUUUGGAGUUAUUAAAUUGCUAUCUACUAUCCACAAGAACCUCAUUUUUAAUGCACAAGCAACUAAUCUUUACUUGAAAGUAAUGGCUGCUCCAGGCAAAGGGCCUUCUCAGUAGUGGCACCCUCCCUGUGAAACACCCUCUCUUCAGAUGUCAAGGAAAUAAACAACUACCAGAUUUUAGAAGACAUCUGAAGGCAGCCCCGUUUAGGGACAUUUUUAAGGAUUGGUGUUUUUAUUAUGUUUUUAGAUAUGUUGUAAGCCUCCCAGAGUGGCUGGGGAAACCCAGCCAGAUGGGCAGGGUAUAAAUAAUAAAAUUGUUGUUGUUGUUGUUCCAGACUGUUGCUAUUUUCAGGUGGGAUUUAUUCAUAUAUGGGUAAAACUCAGGUUAUGCAAUAAAAAUUGAUUUGGAGCCCUGGCAAAACUUCAGCAGUAUGAGCUCGUUUCAAGAUAAAAAUAAUAAAUGCCUAGUAAUGGUGAAUUCAUGCCCAGAUAAUGUUGAAAGUGUACCUACAGUCACAGACUACAAAAUAAAUAGGAUUUGGGGUGAUCCACUUGGAACAAAAAUCACCCUUUACACAGGAUCACCUGAAGUGAAUCUAGCACACUGACUGUCCGGAAAACUCAUUCCCUGAUACUUCCACCACACACCUGUCUGUUUAGGGUGUGAAUGGUGGACUUUUGGUAAUGUGACAAACCUUUCCUUAGAAGCAAGUUAUACUGAAACUAGUGAUAUUUGCUUUGACGUACAUAGAUAUGUUCCGGAGAAGCCUGUUGUAUAAGCAAUAGCUUACCAUGUGCUAACUUGCUCCUGCUUCCUUCAAAUGUUCACCUCAGCUGCUCUCACUACUAAACCAUUGACCUGCUUUUUAAAGUAAAAGUAAUUUGAUAUGUCAGCACUGGGAAUUACUGUUAAGGAAAUUAAGAACAAACCUUGGGUGUUCCGGUGGAUGAGAUGUAUACUGUCAAGGGCCUUGUGGCCACAAUAUUUACGCUUGUGCUCACGCCUUGUCCUACAGGAGUUUCAGAUGUCAGCACAAAUCUCUCUCUCUCUUUCUUUAUGCCACGUUUUGUAGUGCAAAAAUGCCUAAGAUUUUCAUUUAAAGAAAUGGAAGUGAGAACACCCAAGACGUCUGAGUAUUGCCCAACUGUGGAUUUUGCAAUUAUUCUCAUGGGCCUAAAAACAACCUUUGCUUUUUCUGUGAAGGAAGUUACCGUAUUUUUCGCCCUAUAGGACGCACUUUUUCCCCUCCAAAAAUGAAGGGGAAAUGUGUGUGCGUCCUAUGGGGCGAAUGCAGGCUUUCCCUGAAGCCUGGAAGCCCCGGGCGCGCAAGGCUUGCAGGCGGCAGCCUGCAGCGUGGAGCACGGGGCGCCCUCUGGAGGAUGCCCUGUGCUUCACGCAGGUGUACGCAAGCCUUGCGGGCCCAGGGGAACUCCCCCCGGGCAUGCAAGGCUUGCGGGCGGCAGCCUGCAGUGCGGAGCACGGGGCGCCCUCCAGAGGACGCCCCGUGCUUUGCGCAGGUGUCCGCAAGCCUUGCACGCCCAGGGGGAGAUCCCCCCCGGGCGCGCACGGCUUGCGGGCGGCAGCCUGCAGCGCGGAGCACGGGGCGCCCUCUGGAGGACGCCCUGUGCUUCACGCAGGUGUCAGCAAGCCUUGCGCACUGGGGGGAACUCCCCCCGGGAGCGCAAGGCUUGCGGGUGGCAGCCUGCAGCGCGGAGCACGGGGCGCUGUCCGGAGGACGCCCCGUGCUUCGCGCAGGUGUCCGCAGCCUGCCGCCAGGUGCGUGGGGCGCCCUGAAGCAGAGCACCCAUCGCGCCGGGCAGACAUCCGCAGCGCGGGGAGCAGCCUGCCGCCCGACACGCGGGGCGCCCUGAAGCUGAGCGUCCCUCGCGCCGGGCAGACAUUGGCCAGCCCCACAAGCUCGGGGGACAGCGGGGAGGCGCAGCGCCGCCAUCCCACUGUUCCCCGACCUGGUUUUGAGGGGGAAAUAAAGGAAAAAAUUUUUCCCUUUAUUUCCCCCCCAAAAAAGUAGGUGCGUCCUAUCGGACGGAGCGUCCUAUGGAAUGAAAAAUACGGUAGUCUGCUAGUGCGUAAGGCCUUUUUGUAGGCUUCAUAGUGCUCUGAACUUGCAGUUGUAUAUAUAAGCACCAUAAUUGAUUCUCUUAUUUUUUGUGUGUGGAGGGGUGGGGGAGUUAAAUUGAAUUAUUGAGUGUAGGGAAAAUUCUAUUUAAUAAACAGCAACAAACUGGACACCGGUAAGGAAGUCCUGUGUGGAAAAUACCACACUGACUGGAAAUGUGAUACACCCAUUGCAAGAGAGCUGCAACGUUUUAACAUCGAUAUUGCAGCGCUUCAAGAGACUUGAAGAGCGGGCGAGGGACAACUGAAGGAAGAAAAAGGAGGCUACACAUUCUUCUGGAAAGGUCUAUCUGAACAAGAACAUCGAAUACAUGGGGUAGGCUUCGCUAUUGAAAACGACCUUGUGAAGCUUCCAGAAUUGGCCUCCACAGUCACUUACGGACUCACUGUUAAAACCGUGUUUAUGGAAGACAAUCUUACUCGGCUACGAGUAAUCGCCAAAGAAGAAGACACCCAUUGAGAAGAACUUACAGAAAUCUGGUGGAAAAAUCCUCUUUGGGGGAAAAUAUCGGGGCAUUUCAGCCCCUUCCAAUCAGGAUGGAGCCUGAAGCCUCAAAGCCCUGUUCCAUAACAUUCUGAAUCAAAUCUAAUUCUGAUCCACAUGCCCUUUUGGGGUUUCUAGACACAAGUUUACCUGUUGCUUGAGCUCUAGAAUAAUGCUGUACUUCAUGAUACAAACAACACACAGUAAUAAUAAUAACAAUAAUAAUAAUAAUAAUAAUAAUUUAUUAUUUAUACCCCCGUCCAGCAUUCAGUAUGAUUUCAGGACAGCUUGGGAGUCAUAUUUAUUCUGUCCUAGAUUUCCCCCCUCAUCUAUUUUGCUAUACGAGAGUCUUCUACCAUCUGAUGCAUGCCACCUCCUUAUAACAUCAGAACAAAACAAAACAAAAAAUCAGUUGACAACAAUUUCCUACAUCACGAGACAAAGGUUCAUCAUAUCGCAAGGCAGUUGCCAUGGCAAAAGCUUUGUGCUAUUGCGAACCCUCUGAUGGUGAUAAUAGGAAAUGAUGUCAGCAACAUACCUACCUAGAGCCCUUUAUCAACAAGUAUGUGCAGCUUGAGCUCCUUCAGUGCAUCUUUCAAGCUUGCUUUGAAAUGAGGAGAAAGAGCCUGCCUUACGACAGGACUACACAUGUGAAAUGUAAAGCGCUGAAUCAAUCUUGACAAAUAAAGGAGAGGGAAAUGCAAAGCUAUAGAAAGUACGGUAGCCUCAAACGUCUCUCCUUAAUAAUCCCUGCUUAUUCAUCUUUGCAGAGGUGUGGGGGAGUUGAAUCAAUCAGAAUUUUAUAAAGUCCUCUGAACUACAAUAUUUUUUAAUCAACUUAAAAAAAAAACUUCCUACAAUAGAAGACUAUAAAGGUAAAGGGACCCCUGACAAUUAAGUCCAGUCGCGAACGACUCUGGGGUUGUAGCGCUCAUCUCGCUUUAAAGGCCAAGGGAGCCGGUGUUUGUCCGCAGACAGUUUUUCCGGGUCAUGUGGCCAGCAUGACUAAGCCGCUUCUAGUGAAACCAGAGCAGCACACGGAAACGCUGUUUAGCUUCCCGCCAGAGCGGUACCUAUUUAUCUACUUGCACUGUGUGCUUUCGAACAGCUAGGUUGGCAGGAGCUGGGACCGAACAACGGGAGCUCACCCUGUUGUGGGGAUUUGAACCACGGCCUUUCGAUCGGCAAGCCCAAGCAGCACAGUGGUUUAACCCACAGCGCCACCUGCAUCCUAGAAGACUAUAGAGAUGGAAAUAUUCAUUCGUAGUUGUUAAUCACCCAAGAUCAGCUACUGGGUUUUGCUUCAAAGUGUGCUGUGCUGUAAAUCACCAAAUUAAGAUGGGCUGGGAACCCUUGUUUUCCCACCCACAAAACCUCCACUGGUUUAAAACAAGAUGAGUAAAUAAGAUGGGUAACUAAGUACAUCUGUUCAAAACAACUCCAAUCCAGUUAGGGGUAGGGGAAUUCUCACUGUGAAAAUGUUUUUUGAAAAACAAACAAGCAAACAUCUACAUCCAUGUCCCCAUGACGCUGCAUAAAAUGUUGCAUGUCAUACUUCAUAAAGCUGUUUAUUACCUUUCUCCUCCUCCUCAUCAUCAUACCAAGUCAAACCUGUGCAUCUUUUCUCAGAAGAUACAGGACAUUUCCAGGUGACCUAUUUAUUGAGUAGUCAUCCUGUUUCGUAUGCUCAAAGUCUGGGGAGAGGUGAGGCAACUGUUUAUCGAGCAUCCAUUCUGAAGUGUUUGCAAGGAGGUGAUACUUGAUAUUCCAGGCUUUCUAGAGCAUUUUCUUGAGACUUUCCUUAUCACGAAACGUCUGAUUUUGGGGAAAGGAGGUGUACCUUGUGCACCAAAUCAACUUUAAUUGCGUGACCUUAAUUUGCCAGUAUGUGGCUGUGUGCACACUACACAGCUUCAAAGCACAUUUCCCUCUCAAAGAAUUCUGGUCACUGUAGUUUGUUAGCAGUUUAUGGAAAUUGGAGGAGUAAAGUACGGUGCCCAGAAUACUUUGGAGGCGAGAAUGUGCUUUGACAUGUACUUUAAAGAGUGUGUAUACAAUCCGAAAACAGCAGCUCUCUGGAAGCUGUAUAUAUUUUUCCCCAUGGGCAAAAGAAAGCGGGGAGGCAAUUGUGACUGGAAACACAGCAAAAGGGGAAAGGUGAAGCAGCUGGGUCGCCCCCCCAUCAAUGAAAAUUUCUGCUUCAGAUUCAGUCACCUGUCUGUUAUUUGAUCUCUUACAGACUUCCAGUCACCCUCUGGCAGCUUUGACUUUCAGACACCAAAAAUUGCAUUUGUUUCAAAGGGAAUGGAAAAAAACCCAACAACCAGGUUUCAAAACUUUAUGGAAAGCACAUGAGGUUAGUGGAAUAAAUAUUUGUUUCUGGAUGGAUCUGAGCACUUUAAAACAGAAAGGGCAACCCCAUACAUGUUUAGUCAGAAGCAACUCCCACUAUGUUUGAUGGACACGCUUUCCCUAGGGAGUGUAUUUAAAAUGGCAGCUGCCUGACGUUCCUCACUGCAAUAUGCACAGAGCCAGGUAUUUCCUUUUUGAAAAAAGAGAAGUAACUAAAUAGCAAACAAUGGCAAUUUGUUUGACACUCUUCUCAUACUUUGUCCCAGCAACAACAAUCUUGUGGAGCAGAUUGGAAUUACUGACUUAUUGCAGAUAUGGGGGAGAGAACUCAGGCUGAGAGAUCUUACCUGAGGACAUUUUUGGCAUCCAUCUUGUCUCGAGAGACAAUGGAGUGCUCCUCCAGGGGUGAAGUCAAACCACUGCAUUAGCAGUGCUCUCUUCCACCAUGUGAAUCUGAUCAGAGAAGACAUCUGGGCUAAUCACUCCAAGCCCAGACUGUGUAUUUAGAAACAUGACUAACCUUUUUUGCCUGUGUUUUCUUGCUGCUGUAGGAAAAAGUACAUGAAUGUGACCUUUCAAAGGUUUGAAAGUAAACCAUUUUUUUUAACUUACCAAACUAUUCAGUUUUUUCUAUGCUAAAGUUGCUUUGAAAGAGACUUUAAAGAAGGUGGCUCCGGUGGGUAGAGCAUGGUGCUGAUAAUUCCAAGGUCAUGGGUUCGAUCCCCAUAUGGGCCAGCUGCAUAUUCCUGCAUUACAGAGGGUUGGACUAGAUGACCCUCAAGGUCCCUUCCCACUCUACGAUUCUAUGAUUCUAAAAACUGGAUUUUUAAAGGUAUUUGUUGUUGUUUAGUCGUUUAGUCGUGUCUGACUCUUCGUGACCCCAUGGACCAGAGCACGCCAGGCACUCCUGUCUUCCACUGCCUCCUGCAGUUUGAUCAAACUCAUGUUAGUAGCAGACUAUAUUUCCACACUUUACUUCGCUGCAUGUCUUGUGAUUUUAAACUUCUGCUUGAGCUCUCUUAUUGGAGAGUGCAUGCCCCACGUCUGGAUCCAGGGAAUUCUUCUUCAAACCAAUCAUAACCAACAAUAGCUGAGUGAGAUUCGAAGCAGAGAUAUUCUUCAUACUCCUAGUCCCUACACUACACCAACUCUGUACCUAACAGUUCCUGUGUGGUGCAGAGGUUAAAGCAAGAGUCAAGUUCAACCGCCCCCCCCCCCAGCCAUGGCUGGGUAACCCUGGGCAAGUUGGUACAAUUUCUCAGCCUAACCUACCACACAGAGUUGUGAGGAUAAAGCAAGGCAGCGGCAGCGGGGUGGGGAGAGAGGAUCAGUGUAUGCUGCUGUGAGAUUCUCGGAGGAUGGAUGGGAUCAGAUACAGAUGGACUAAAGGAAUAAAUUGGUAAGAAAGUUCUUUCCAAAAGUGUUACGUGACACACUGAAUUCCUGUGCGGACUGCUCCACAUGAGGAUGUUCGACACAACUUUUGCCAAAGGAACUGGGCCAGUAAUAUGUGUCUCACCUGCGUUGCCUCUCGUCUCGCCUAACAAAGAAGCAGCCUGUCCUCUGAAACUCCUCUGUAAUGAAGGGGUGGAUCAGGUAGCACUGGAAAGGCACACAAAGGGCAACUGAUAACCAGGACUCCAUGCAACCUGCACCACUCUCCUGCUCAGACCCCCAUUUUAAUUCUACUUCUGGGAAAUCCAGUCACUACAAAUGGUAAAACGGGAAUUAAACACACUGGGCUGCAUUUGUGCAUUUCGUGUUACUUAGACUACUUCUAAGAGCCAGAAAUUUACAGGAAAGAUAACUUCAUCAAAUUUGGAUCUCCGUGCCAGUUUUCUCAUUAGCUGGACUUGCUUCGUUGCCUCAAAGAGGAUGUUUUGGUUCCAGUCACAGAGUUCAAAAGGCUUGAUUCAGGCUGCAAGUGGCCAUCCUCUGUUGUGAGGAUUGUAAAGCAGAAUGGGUAGCAGGGCGGGUUCAGUCCACACUCACCCACCUUCCUAGGACUCAUUUUCUUAUCUUUUCCACCCACGCCAGUGGCGAUUAUUUCUGAUCACCCAGCCUCAUGGGGAGAAAAAUGGCUGACAAACAUUGUUUCAUAGGGGGGAGAGUUCCACAGUGGCUAGUGUCUUUGGGACUGGUAGGGCGGAAAGGCAGGUAGACCAACAGUAGGCAGGGGCCAGAGUGAAUGACAGGUAGAGCCAAUUCAUUCAGGUUUUGUCUCAAUCCUACCACUUGCUGAGUUCUACUAGGAGAACGCAAACCCUGAGGACACUCGCCAGCUAAUCGCAGUUCCUCUUGCUUCAUGGGAAUCACAGAUAGAUUAAAUUGUGGCCUGCCAUGGCACGUAAACCUAGAUAUAUUUAAAGUAGGAAACGCAUGUAGAUCCUCACGCUUAUAAUAGGAUGCUUCAAAUGCAUCAUCUAGUCAUCACUUGCAUCCGUGCCCCCAGACUGCCUGGUGAAAAUAAGAGGCCCACUGUACUGUGGGUGCGCAAGCCCACAUCUGAUGUGUUCUAUGAUUAGAAACUGGAUUUGUUUGGCUUGACUAUAAAAACAAUGGAGCUCUGCGCCUCGGGUCUUAAUUUUUGAUCCACCACAGUACCAUGAAACACUACAUCUGAUUUUCACGGUGAAAUCCUCUCCAUCUAUGUUUUCGUACGGUAGAAGCAUCAUGAAAUGUUGGAUCCAUUAUAUAUAUAUAUAUAUAUAUAUAUAUAUAUAUAUGCCUUGAAUUUCAUGGGUAUGCAUGUGAGUCGUGGGUAGACAGCAGAUCUGUAUUGUCUGAUCACAUUGCCUCUGGAAAGUCGGUGGAGAUACUGCAAGGCCCAAAACCAAAUUUCUGUUUAGUGCUUCAGAUGCACUUUUAUACAGUGCUUUUUUCUUCUUCUUUUUUUAAAAAGGUGCUGGUACUCACCAUGAAUUUGUUACUGUAAGUGCCACACUUUUAACAUAGGCGGGGGGGGGGGGGAGGUGCCAGUACUGCAUAUCGUUGAGUACCUCCAGAAAAAGUGCUGCUUUCGUAGAAUCAUUGAAUUGUAGAACUGUAGAAUUGGAAAGGACCCUGAGAAUCAUCCAGUCCAGUCCCCUGCAAUGCAGGAAUAUGCAGCUGUCCCAUACAGAGAUCAAACCUGCAACCUUGGCGCUUAGACAAAUAAUAUGUUAGCAGUCUUGUGAGCUUUCAAGUUACACAGAAGCCUUUUAAAAUUUCCUGUCUGAAGAAAUUAUUAUUUGUAACUCUGUGGAAUGCGACACCAAUGUUUGCACAGAAUGCUUUCUCUGGUACAAUUUUUUAAAAAUUAUUCUUAAAAAAGAAUUCUAUGUAACUCUUCUUAGAAAUCAACCAGCAUCUUAGGUGAGGACGAUAAAACACAGUAUAUCGUCCACAAUGAUCUGGAGAAUUUCUUGUUCAAAGCCUGACUUCAGGCCAAGGCUAUAUAUACAGUAAGUCUAAAAAAGACAGAGAGCGCAGAUUCUUCAAAGUCCAUCAACUCCUCCUCCUGCCAAUUUUAGCUUGAAGUGGUUGGCUUUGCUUUAGGCCCAAAUCAAUGACCCUGUUUCCUGCAUUUGGAGCAUGACUAACCUUGUAACUGAGGAAGCUGAAAGGAGGCUGUUGCACAAACACAUUCAAAACUGUGUUGAAAUACUAUAUUCUUCUUGGGUUGUAGAAAUGUAAAAGUCAUAGGAAGGGCAACAGCAGGGGUCGACAUGUGUAAUCUUUCAUAAUAUGGAAUCUGCUGUGAGGCCCAAAUUUUGCACCCCCAAAUGGAUCUUCAGAGUUAUGGAUCUUCUCAAUUUUGCACCUGUCAGCUUGGUGACCUGUGCAGGGUUAUGCCAACCUAGCAGUUCAAAAGCAUACCAGCAAGAGCAGAUUAGUAGGUACCAUUGCGGCGGGAAGGUAAAUGGCGUUUCCAUGCGCUCUGGCACUCGUCACGGUCCUCCUUGCGCCAAUAGCUAUUUAGUCAUGAUGGUCACACGACCCGGAAAGCUGUCUGUGGACAAAUGCUGGCUCCCUCGGCCUGAAAGCAAGAUGAGCGCCACACCCCAUAGUUGCCUUUGAUUGGACUUAACAGUCCAGGGGUCCUUUACCAUUUUACCUGUGUGGGGAACUGCCACACCGCCCUAAAUAUGGCGCUGGCAGCAGCUUGAAUUAUUACUAAGGAGGAGAAAGGCAGGUGGUAGAAUUGUGUAGGGUGGCUCCAGAAGGCAUCCAAUCAAUUCCUUUGUUAUUUGCCCCACAAACAGGAUCAUAUAUUUCCCCCCACAAAAACUAUAUAGGCUUUAAAUUUGGAGAAGGAGGCGGACUUCUGUGCUGUUCUAGGCUGUGUAUUAUGUUAGUGAGAAAAUGCAGCCCAGCACAUGCAGCACAUGCAGCCCAGCUACCAGUCAAAUUUCUGCCUCUUCUGCCAUUAUCCAGCUAAGUCCCCUUUUCUAAAGGUAAAGGUAAAGGGAUCCCUGACUAUUCGGUCCAGUCGUGACCAACUCUGGGGUUGUGGUGCUCAUCUCACUUUAUUGGCCGAGGGACCCGGAGUGCAGCUUCCGGGUCAUGUGGCCAGCAUGACGAAGCCGCUUCUGGCGAACCAGAGCAGCGCACGGAAACGCCGUUUACCUUCCCACCAGAGUGGUACCUAUCGAUCUACUUGCAUGUUGAUGUGCUUUCAAACUGCUAGGUUGGCAGGAGCAGGGACUGAGCAACAGGAGCUCACCCCGUUGCGGGGAUUUGAACCGCCGACCUUCUGAUCAGCAAGCCCUAGGCUCUGUGGUUUAACCCACAGCGCCACCCCUGUUCUUUCUCCUUUGUACAGUGGUACCUCAGGUUACAUAUGCUUCAGGUUACAGACUCCACUAACCCAGAAAUAGUUCCUCGGGUUAAGAACUUUACUUCAGGAUGAGAACAGAAAUCGUGCUCCAGCCGCGCGGUGGCAGCAGGAGGCCCCAUUAACUAAAGUGGUGCUUCAGGUUAAGAACAGUUUAAGGUUAAGAACGGACCUCAGGAACGAAUUAAGUACUUAACCUGAGGUACCACUGUAACUGUCCCUCUUACAAACAGUAGAAUCCCAAGUAAGAAGUGGUGUGUUGUUUUAAUCAUGUUGCCAGCUGGACACUACUUACCCCAUAGCUGUCAACUUUCAGAUUUGAAAAUAAGGGAUCAGCAGCCUCACCUGUCCCGGGGACAGUCUACGGGAUAUCUAACAAUCCGGGAUAGCAGGAAACGGCACUGGAAUAAGGGACUUUCCCGCAAAAAAAGGGAAGGUUGACAGCUAUGACUUACCCUGAUUGAACUUAAUGGCCCAAGAAUGGCACUCAGUGCCUUUCCUUAUUUUAUUGACAGCACUGUAUUUAAAAGAUUUCAACUGCCCUCCUUUACACAGCUGCGGAGGGGGGGGGCUGCUUGCAGUAACAAAAGUAGGCUAUAAAUGAAACAUAGUGUGUGUAUGUGGAAAAAUAUUAUUAGCAUUUCAUUAAUACAUUAAUUUAAACGUCUACACUGAUCCUUAUACUGUAUGUUGAUCCUCCCACUACUCUUGCACCGCAUAUGAAGGAUUAGAAUGCGAACGUGGAAGUGAAGCUUUCCUUCCCCCCCCCCGCCCCGCCUACACUUUCCCCUCCUCUUUGAAGAUGGGCGGGGAUGACGGCCGCAUGUCUCUUGGCAUGCCACGCUCGCCUUCGCCACCUCUUGCCUGACGUCAUAAUAGCGGUUGGCGAAUGCCUUUGGCCCGGUCGCAGCCGAACGCGGCUGGUUUGAGCUGGUGCGUCGUCAUGGCGACACCGCCGGGCCUAUAAAUACAGGCUCUGCGGGGCUGGCGGGGCUUUGUCAGUGAGGCGGCCACGGAAGCAGCAGCAGCAGCCGCUAUCCUGCGCGGCGGGCGAGCGGGCUCCGGCUCCUUCUCUCCUCCACAGCGGCCGGUUCUUCCCCCAAGUCCCGCAGGGUGCGACUGGGUAGACUCGACCCGCCCGUCGUCGUCCCCCCGCCACCGGCUGCCGCGCAGGGUAGGAGAGGCUGCUGCUGCUGAAGGACAAGAAACCGCCGCCGCCGCCGCCGCAGUCUGAGGUAAGGCCGGCCUAAGCAGACAAGCCGGCCACGUGGAUGGUGGGGUGGGCGGAAGAGCAGCCGCCGAGCAGGCCGGGCCGCCCUGUAGAUGGCGGAGGAAGGGGGGUCCGCGUGGGGCCGAAUCGAGGGGUGAAUGUGGAGGAUUUUGGCGAAACAACGUGGCGUAGCCCACCGCGCUCCCAUAAAUAGGGGCUUGGGUGAUUAUUAUGAUGAUUAUUAGUAAUUAUUAUUAGUAGUAGUAAUAUUCGUCAUGGGGCUUAAUACUUGCCCGCACGCACAUUUAAUUAAGAACGAUCCCCCAAUUCCGCGCGCCCCCGGUACAUAAUGGCCGUCUCCUAAUUAACUUUAUUAGCAGAUUCGUCCCGUUGAGAUCCUAAGCUGGCUUUAAAGUAUUUCUUUUCUCUCCCACCCCAUAUUUUUUUUAACUUGCUCCACUACCCACCCCGGUGAGAUUAGUAACGUAUUGGAAGUUCCACUUUAAACCCCCCCCCCUUUUGCGUGUCUCUUCCCCCCCCCCAUCUCCCUAAUAUCCUUGAUUGUCGUUGCGGUAAAGAGGAUGACUUACUGUUCCUGGUAGGGUAACUACCAUUCCGAGGUUGGCCUUGUGGGGAGACGGUGUGUAUACGGAACUGCGGGCUCUUAUUCCUUAUUUGUGCCAGGUAGGGAGGGAGAGAGGAAAUACUGCAGUGCUUUUUCCUCUUCGGUCUCACUGCAGUAUGAUAGUUCAGCACUGGUUCGAGGGGGUAGUGGGGAUAAUGGGGUGAGAGAAACCUUUGGAAAUGGAAAUAUUAAUAGGGGUAGGUGCUAGCCUGAGCAGCUGCCGUUCAGGUGGGGUCUGGGGUGGAGGUUGAGAAGCUGGUUUGUUGCAUGGGUCUGUCCUGAAAGCUAGCAUUAAUGAUGGCAUGGUUUCAAGAAGUCAGUUUGAACUGGGUUACAGAGCCCCAGACUUGGGCCAACCCAUUCUCAUUCUCUCUCUCUCCCCACCCCCCUGCAAUAUAAAAGGCGACUGCAGAUGCGGCUCUAUUCUUCUUGAUCUCUCUGCUCCACCCCCUUCACAUGUUGGAGCUGGUGUGUGCUUCACCCUGCCACAGUUACCUUAUCAGUUAGGGGAGGAGGAGAGAGGUAGCACUUAGUCAUUCUUGGCUGCCACACAUACAAAAGACAAAGCCUGACCCUCCUCAACAGAAUUUGCGAGUGGUUCUGGCAAAGUAGUGACAGCUAGACAUAUGUUUAAGGCAAGAGGGAGGAGGAGCUGCUUGGGUUGUAGGAAUUGUCUGCGGGGUGUACAGCUGAAGUUGAGUGCUGGGAAGGAGAUGGCUUGUUAUGUCUGGUGCUUAAGAGUAAACAGCAUUUUUCAAAUGCGAGCCAGUAAAGCUUAUGGGCUGGCCUUCCUUCUCUGUUCCAAAGAAGGGACUCUUUGCCAUCUUGAUAGUGGUAAAUAGUGACUGCUACAAUCCUAGGAACAGUUAGUGAUUAAACUAAAAUGUGUAUGCUGUUACUUAAAGCUGUUGAACAAGUAUAAAUGAUACUAUUGUGUAUAGGUUACUUGGAAGAAUUCUCCAUAAAAUGAUGUAUGGAUUUAUUUGGAAAGUUUUAUGCACAGGGUUUGCUUCUGUGGAAUUUGAAGUGGCAUGUGAACAUGCACUCCUGAAUUUCUGUUGAUUUAUAUUUCUUAAGCAGGAUCUAUAGCAAAAAGAUACAUUCAGUUUACUAUGGGUUUGCCCACCAUAGGAAUUUAAGAGUUCAGAUUCUAUUGUUAUACAAUUGGAAGGCCAUUGGUAUUAGUGAAAUAGCUUCCAGUUAUGCCCAAGGUUCAACGUUAUUAGUGGAGCAUAAGCAUAAGGCUAUAAAACAUAUUGUAUAAUUGAUGAAAGGGCAUAAAAAGAUUGAGCCAGUAGGGACAUACUAAAAAAAAAUUGCUUACCUUGCUCCUUCAGUAAAAUUACUGCUUUUCAACAUACUAAGUUGGUUGCUAAGAUACACUUUCAAAAUAUGGGUCAAACAUUGGAAAAGCACAGUGUAUUUUCAAAUCUUGUGUUCUAAAAUCAUUUGUGCAGGCUGUAAUGUACCACAUUAGUGACAUCUCAGACAUUUUCUCAUCUGUUCUUUCCCUCCCAAUCUUUUAAUGGUGAUUUCAGAGAUGGAAAGUAGACUGAACUGAAUGCAAAUUAUGAAUUCAAACACAGUUAGUCAUUUUAAUGGCAUCCAUCUUGUUGUUCCUUGAUAAUAAAUUGAAAUUUGAGUUAAAUUUCAGGCCUGUACAUUUUGCUCUGUUUAAAUUAUUUUUAUGCUGUUUUUCAGAAUUGUAGAUCCUCCCUCAGCAACUUAUAAUGAAAGAAUAAAAGAUUAUUAAUUACAUAAUCAAAAUCAAUGCAUAUUAAAUGCUUAUUAAAUAUAAAAAUUGAUAUCACCUUGUGAAUUUUAUUUAUAUUUAAGUCUCUAAAACUUUUACAUCACUGUUCUCUGUUUCCUGUGGCUGUUUACAAAAGGCAUGGUGGAAUGUGCCAGUGAAUUCAAGCACAAAUUGUUUCUUGUCUGUCUUUGAAGCAAGUUGGACUGCAGAACUGCAGAGAUUGUCCUAGCACAACAGCAGAUUGUUUCUAUGUUGCAUUAGCUGCCUUCAUUCCAUUAUGCCUUCAUUAUGCCAUUCAUUCCCCUAGGAUCUCUACAUCUGCCAAUUGUUUUACUGUUAAGGGCCUGGAGGUGGCAGGAAUGUUUUGACAUUAUGCCCUGCAGGCAUUCAUGCAGGAGUCUGGCAUCAAGCCAAACCAGAGUGGGUCAAGCUGUUUAAUGCCAUAAUUCAGCUUUUUAUCACCAAGUUGUGUGAAAAUGUGUGCUGUUAUUCACUUGGAGUGACAGCAGAAUUACAGUAUAGGCAGCAUGUUCCCACUGUCUUUAAUGGAACUUACUCCAAGGAUUUCAGCCUUAAAUCUGUAGUGAUAUUAGAGCAAAGAAACAGGCUGUUUUCUCUAAUGUUAUACAAAUUUUGUGUACACAGCUGCUGGUUCUUGGCCCUUAAUCUGUAGCUACCAGCUACUGCAGAGUGCCUUCUCUCCUCCAUUUUUCUGCCAACCAGUUCCCCCCCCCACUUGUCUGGGCUCCCGCCAGGAGUAUAUUUAAACUCCUUGUGAGUGACCAGCAUGGACUGUGUAUUUGGCAGUUGUAUUUGCAAUUCCUCACAAAUACUUAUGCUUUUUCCGUACUCUAGGCUCCCCCUUUUACUUGAGUCAAAGCAAUACUACAUGAAAUUCUCAAGUGUGACAACUCACUUGACAUUUUGUAGUAGCUUAAUUAAACUCCAUGGAGAACUUGAGUUUUCGGAAAGCUGUGGAAGAAAAUGGACACUUAAAUUGUAGCAACUAUAUGCACCUGUAGACAGACUUCUUCUUUUAUGAGUAAAACAGAAACAAACACAGGAAGCUCUGUCCGUCUUCUGUUGUUUGCCUCUUCUAAUCUCAAUGUUCACUGCAAGAAAGUUUGUUUGUCUUUUGGUACUGGUUUACUCAGGAAGCUCCUAGGUCCAAUUUCUUUAAAAGACACAUUUUGGCAUAAAUGUUGAUGCCUAAAAGCCUUUUAUAAUCCAGAACAGUUCAUGUAACUGAUAUGAAAAUUGCUUAGGGAGCAUAAAGGUUACUUUCCUGUUUCAGGAUCUUUCUUUCCUGGAGAGACUUCCUUGGAGCACAACUAAAAGUAGUUGCCUUCAAAAUUGCACCUUGAACUUUGAGAGAUGGCUUUUUAAGUUGCUGUACCGUGGUACCUCGGGUUACAGGUGCUUCAGGUUAAGACUCCGCUAACCCAGAAAUAGUACCUCGGGUUAAGAACCAUGCUUCAGGAUAAGAACAGAAAUCGCACGGUGACUGCGGGGAGCCCCACUCCCUAAAGUGGUGCCUCAGGUUAAGAACAGUUUCAGGUUAAGAACGGACCUCUAGAACAAAUUAAGUGGUACCUCAGGUUAAGAACAGUUUCAGGUUAAGAACGGACCUCCAGAAUGAAUUAAGUUCUUAACCCGACGUACCACUGUAUUUUCCAUUCCCCUUGUCUCACUGUGACGGGUGGGAGAACUAAUAAACUCUUUCCUGUGUCUUUGCAGUUUUUCACUGAAAAUCACUUUGGUAUAACAACAUCAAGCAAGAUGAAUGACUUCUGUGGUGAGGAAUUCAAUUUUUCUUUCCUUGACGAAGGCUUUACUGCAAAGGAUAUCCUAGACCAAAAAAUAAAUGAAGUUUCUUCCUCGGUGAGUAUGGUAGAUAGAUUGAAUAUUUUUUUAAAAUGCUUUAUACUAAAUGUAGGGUUGUUGCUAUUGUAAUAUACACUAGUAGGCAACUGCAUAUUGACAGAUGAAUGUUUUCUUUGUUUCCAGGAUGAUAAAGAUGCAUUCUAUGUUGCUGACCUUGGGGAUGUUCUCAAAAAACAUUUGCGGUGGUACAAGGCCCUCCCUAGGGUAUCUCCUUUCUAUGCCGUCAAAUGUAAUGAUAGCAUAGCUCUAGUGAAAACUCUGGCUGCUCUUGGGGCAGGAUUUGAUUGUGCCAGUAAAGUAAGUGACUGCUUUUAAAUGUUUUGAUUAAACAACUGUGUAUUAGAAAUGAAAAUAUGUCUGCCUUUGAUUUAAAUUGUCUUAUUUCCAGAGAAACCAUUUCUAGUAACUAAUGUGCAAACUAAAAAAAUGGAUUUUUUUCCAGACUGAAAUACAGCUGGUCCAGAGUGUUGGUGUGCCUCCAGAGCGUAUAAUAUAUGCAAAUCCAUGCAAGCAAGUCUCUCAAAUUAAGCAUGCUGCAAACAAUGGUGUGCAGAUGAUGACAUUUGAUAGUGAAGUUGAGCUGAUGAAAGUUGCAAGAGCCCAUCCAAAAGCAAAGUAAGAAACAUUUACAUUUUAGUACAAUCUAUAUGUUCUCUCUAGGUAAAUGUGAGGCCCCAGAUAACAGACGGUGACCAUUUAGGCAGAUCUGUGCAAAAAACAGGUGGCAUUGCUGUUUUUGACAGAAUAAAGGUAGCUCCCCACCCCCAACUAUUAAGCUGCUUUUUCUCAGAGCAACUACAAAUGUGUGUUCUGAAAUACAUGUGCAUGUGCUUAUAUGUUCUAAAAUGUUUUCUAGGCUGGUCUUGCGCAUUGCAACAGAUGAUUCAAAGGCUGUUUGUCGCCUAAGUGUUAAGUUUGGAGCUACACUAAAAACCAGCAGGUUGCUGCUUGAACGAGCAAAAGAACUUGAUAUCGACAUAAUUGGAGUGAGGUGAGCAGCCGGGUUGUGUGGAAGAAAUUGCACACUUGCUACUUACAAAUUCUGCUUUUGUUAAGAAGGAUGAGCAAAACUCCCACUAACUCAACCCAUCUUUUCUAGUUUCCAUGUUGGAAGUGGCUGUACGGAUCCUGAGACGUUUGUGCAAGCUAUUUCUGAUGCCCGUUGUGUCUUUGAUAUGGGAGUAAGUACAUUUUAAGAGCAUUUCCUAUAGCACUAACGAGUCAUAGUACUGUGAGAUUGCCAGAAUGUGUCUGAAAUACAAAAUAUUUAAAGUAAACUUGGGAAACCUACAUUUUUGUGCUGUUGGUCUAAGAUGCUAAUUCAGAUUAGUUAAAAUUCUUGUUUGCUUCAUUAGUUCAGAUGGUGAAACUGGUCAAUACUAUCAAUAAAAGUAUGAUUUGAAUCACAUUUCAAUAUUUCUGCCUUUUAGGUUGAGCUUGGUUUCAGCAUGUACCUGCUUGACAUUGGUGGUGGUUUUCCUGGCUCCGAAGAUGUGAAACUUAAGUUUGAAGAGGUACAUAACCUUAAGUGCUUUGUUUGUGAAGAGCAUUCUUCAAACUUUGCUCCCCAGAUCGUAUUAAACAACUCCCAGCAUCUGCUUCCAAUUGACAUGGAGGGGAUUUCACUAUUAUAGGCAAAAGAUGUUUGUAUAAGUUUCUUGAAGUACCAACAAGCACAUGAGUCUAUGGCGGCUGCAGGUUUCCUUCUCCCACUGAAGCGAGACUUGAAAGAGGCCUUUUGUUGUAGCCAAUAGAACAGGUUGUAGCAUGUGUGGUGCCCAUGACAGCUUCUCCAGUUUGCAAAUGUGCCUGUGAGUCAAAAAAGGUUUGUCAGCCUAAAUUUAAGAGUAUUGCUUAGAGUGAAGCCACCAGUUCAGUUAUUUCUAAUAUAUAUAUUUACUUCAUUACUUAUACUGCAUAAUAGAUGUAGCUUAUAGGCAGUUUACAAGUAUAAAACAACUUGUACUAAGUAAUAGCUUUAGCUACAUGAAUAACUUUUACCUUGCCUCUGUGGAAGAGAAAUCUGCAUCAUGAUUUUCAAGUUGAAAUACUUUGCUAUACAGCAACAUCAAUUUCUGGGCUACACUGUGAUACAUUUUACAGCAUAGUAGAACUUUACUUGCUAUGUUGCAUAGCCUCCAUACUGCUAAAGUGGCAAUACGGCCUGUGUUAAGCUUGAAAAAAAUGCUUACAGGAACUCUUCCAUAUAUGGCUAUUUCAGUUCUGCUGCAAAACAUUGAACCUUCAGUCUUAAAUUAGACAGCUAGUAUAAGUGAAUACACUCUAGAAUGAGUUAACAGUAGCUAAAGUGGGCAGGGUGAAUCGAGGGAUGGGAUAACAAUGGAAGGAGAUAGCCGCUGCCACAUCUCUCAACUCCAUUGUUCACACUGAAGUGAGGGGGAGGCAAAUUGCUAUGCUAGCCUGGAGCUGAUGCAGACAGUGGGGCUGACUGCCUGUCCCUGCCACCAAAACACCCGAUAUUGGGGCACAGUACAAACCACUGUGAAAAUAAUGUGAUGCUGGUGUCGCUCUGGGUAGAGGGGACAUCUCUGUCCCAUUCUCACCCCCAACAGUGCAAAGGGAGUUUGGAUUGCAGCCAAAGUCUUUCACAUUCUAGUUCAUUUGAGCAAUCCAGAUGUGCAUAGCUGAAAGUUCACAAAAACUUUCUGUUGGCUUUAAAUCGAGUUGAGAUUGCUUGGGAAAUCAUGAACUGAUUUUCCAAGUCAUAACUUUUUUUCGAGCACUGUUGUGAAUGAUUUAUCAAAUUCAAAGCAACCUCCUUUCCCUAGUGUGGAAGUUCUAUGUUUCUGUUCUAAAUCAUAUCCAAGUUUUUAGUAGAUUAUUCAACAAAGAGCCAAUAGUUUGUUGCUGGAUUCCAACCCAUCAGUCUCUUGCAUUGAGAAUGUAGUGCAAGCUAAUUGUUUAUUGGAUAUCCAUGUUGCUUAACAACUCUAUUAAACCCAUUUCUCUCUCUCUCUCUCUCUUUUUAAAAAGAUAACCAACGUAAUCAAUCCUGCCUUGGACAAGUAUUUUCCUUCUGAUUCUGGAGUGAGAAUUAUUGCAGAGCCUGGCAGAUACUAUGUGGCAUCAGCUUUUACACUUGCUGUUAAUAUCAUUGCAAAGAAAGUAGUAAUAAAAGAACACACUGGAUCAGAUGGUAUGUAAUACUUAAAUAACAUCCUGGACCUUAUAUGUUAACUGCCCAAAUACUCAUAAUUUAUUUAAAAAAAAAAUAAUUUUAUUGAUUUUUACAAUUUUUAUCAUCACCACAAUCAUUAUUUCAAAAACAAAAUACAUUAUAAAUCCUCUGCUUCCCCCUCCCUCCUGUGACUUCCCUCAACUUCCUUUUCCGUUUCUUUUGGCAUAUUAUCUCAUCCUGCUUAUUGGUUAAUUCUUAUUAUUCUUCACUUAUCAUUUUAACAUCAAAUACUCAUAAUUGAUGGUGGGAACAGAGGAGAGGUCCUUAGAGGGGGCUGGGCCACCCAGUGUUGGAGUGAAAGUCAGUGUUUUGUUUUCUUCAUAAGAAUUUCAAAAGCAGGGGCUAGGCGGGCAAUUUUUCCUGAUGACAGUAACAAUGCACAGCACUAUCCCAGGUUUCUGUUGCUUGGUAAUGGCAUAGCAUGACAAAGUUCGGAACUGUCUUUUAAAUAUCUAGCCAAUUGCUCUAUUCUAAUAUUCUUUUUUUCCCUCUCCCCCAAAUAGAUGAAGAAGAAGCAAAUGACAAAACUCUUAUGUACUAUGUAAAUGAUGGGGUUUAUGGCUCUUUUAACUGCAUCCUGUAUGAUCAUGCACAUGUCAAACCAGUUUUGCAAAAGGUACUAUGUGUAUCUUUUAUAUUGUAUUGUAUUAUAUAGUGUAUUUCUGUAUAAAAGUAUACUGUUAAACUUAAGCCCAUUUGUGCUGUAGGUAACUGUUACUUGUCAUUUAUCUAUGCCAGAUACUUAAAACAGGAAAAACAAAAGGGCAUCGGUUCUUGCAGAACUGGUAUAAUGUAGAUCUAACUCAGUGACUCUGACUCCCCACAUCCCCCAGGACCUUUUGAAAAAUACUAUGGGUCUUGGUGGAGCUCAGUUGUUGUUCUGCUUGUUGUAACAGCUGCAAUUCCAUAGAAUUCACAUUGUGAUGCAAUAAGAUACAAUAUAAGAAAUAAAAGCAAUAAAAUACAAUUUAAACAUCAGCAUGACUAUUCAGUGUGAUGGAUGUGCCUCCUCCCAUCUUCAGCUAAAAAUCCACAGAUGACACAAACCACAGUUUGAGCAAUCCUAUUCUAACUCAUCUCAGCAUUAUGUAGUAAUGGAACACAUUCUAAAUACCAUAUUAUUCGUGAUUGUCUUAUUGUUGACUGCUGUGGCAGUAUGUAUGCAAUAACUACUUAAAUUUUAAAUUAUUUCCAGAGACCUAAGCCAGAUGAGAGGUACUAUUCCUGCAGCAUAUGGGGACCAACCUGUGAUGGCCUAGAUCGCAUUGUUGAGCGCUGUGGCUUGCCAGAGUUGCAGGUUGGGGACUGGAUGUUGUUUGAAAACAUGGGUGCCUACACAGUGGCAGCUGCUUCUACUUUCAAUGGAUUCCAGAGGCCAACAAUACACUAUGUAAUGUCAAGACCAGCAUGGUUAGUAGUUCUGCUUUUAAUGAAAGUACACUCUUAAGUUUGACUUAAGUGUGAGUAAACUUUUGUUUGAGAAAGGUUAUGUAGAUUAUUAUGAUAGGAUAGAAUAUAAAUAGACUGUGCACUCCACCCUGAGUGCACAGAACACAUUCAGAUUCUUUGGUUGACUUACUUAAUAGCCUGCCUCACUAGCCAGUUGCCUGGUUUGCAUGCAGUUUUAAUCCAUAGUUCAUUUUAACAGUCAUGGCUGGGGAAACCCAGCCAGAUGGGUGGGGUAUUAAAUUUAUUAUUAUUAUUAUUAUUAUUAUUAUUAUUAUUUAUUAAUCUCCCCACCACCACCACCACUCCUGACUGCCUUGGGAGGGAACAAGCCGGUUUGGUUUGUUACGAGUUGUGACUGUGGGCUUGUGUCUUUCAAACAGCAUGAGGGGUAAGCUAAGAACAAACCUUGACUUCUGUUUGUAGAAGAAAAUUAAACGCAAGCCAGGGUUCAUAUCUCACAACAAACAAGAUAGGUUUGUUUCCUCCCACACAUAGCAGGGGAGGAACAAAACCCUCAUGCAUGUUAAACCAUAGUUUAACGUGAGAGAACUGGACAGCCAAUUUUGCUGUCAUGUUUUCUCUAGUUCAGGGGGGCUGCUGUUUGGAAGGCUUGCUUUAUCAUUAUGACUUCGUCACAGUUCUAUGAAAGUGCAGAAGCUCAUGUUGAGUGCAGAAUUCACCUGUUUGAGAAUCUCAGCAUAAUCUUAAAAAUAAAUCCUCAAGGGUGUGAGUGCAGUGCUUGGCUAAAACUCAGAAGGCAGAGCAUUUUCAAAAUAAGGUCUGUGGUACAUAGUUUUUACUUUCCCAUAGCUAGGAAGUGCAGUGAUUUGUACUGGUCACAAUCCUUUUUGGUGCAGAAUCUAGCAGUGAUUAGUAGAGGGUACACACAGUCAUGGUUAUCUAGGCCAUCUAGGUUACUUACUCUAUUUCUUUCUCUCCCCCUUAUUAGGCAAUUGAUGCAGCGGAUAAAGGAGCAAGGUUUUCAAGCUGAAGUGGAAGAGCAAGAUGUCACUUUGCCACUCUCAUGUGCCUGGGAAAGUGGGAUUGAACACUAUCCAGCAGCUUGUGCUUCAGCUAGCAUUAAUGUAUAG